GUCGCCGGCGGCCGCGGCAGACGGAAGCCGAGCGCGCGGCGGAGCAUGGGGGACUCCAAAGUGAAGGUGGCCGUCCGGGUCCGGCCCAUGAACCGGAGAGAGAUUGACUUGCACACCAAAUGCGUGGUGGACGUAGAUGCGAACAAGGUUAUUCUCAGUCCUGUAAACACUAAUCUUUCCAAAGGAGAUGCCCGGAGCCAGCCAAAGGUGUUUGCGUACGACCACUGCUUCUGGUCCAUGGACGAGUCUGUCAGAGACAAGUACGCAGGUCAAGAUGAUGUUUUCAAGUGCCUUGGGGAGAGUAUCCUCCAGAAUGCUUUUGACGGCUACAAUGCGUGUAUCUUUGCCUAUGGGCAGACUGGCUCGGGAAAGUCGUACACCAUGAUGGGCACGGCUGACCAGCCCGGGCUGAUCCCCAGGCUCUGCAGCGGCCUCUUCGAGCGAACUCAGAAAGAGGAAAACGAAGAGCAGAGUUUUAAAGUAGAAGUGUCCUAUAUGGAAAUUUAUAAUGAAAAAGUUCGAGACCUCCUGGAUCCCAAAGGAAGCCGCCAAACGCUGAAAGUCAGAGAGCACAGCGUGCUGGGACCCUACGUGGACGGCCUUUCCAAGCUGGCAGUCAGGAGCUACAAGGACAUUGAGUCUCUGAUGUCCGAGGGCAACAAGUCUCGCACCGUGGCUGCCACCAACAUGAAUGAGGAGAGCAGCCGGUCCCACGCUGUCUUCAAGAUCACCCUCACGCACACUCUGUGCGACGUGCAGUCAGGGACCUCUGGAGAGAAGGUGGGCAAACUCAGCCUGGUCGACUUAGCCGGCAGCGAGCGGGCCACGAAAACCGGAGCCGCUGGAGACAGACUGAAGGAGGGAAGCAACAUCAACAAGUCCCUCACCACCCUGGGGCUGGUCAUCUCGGCCCUGGCAGAUCAGAGUGCCGGCAAAAACAAGAACAAGUUUGUUCCUUAUCGGGACUCGGUUCUCACUUGGCUGCUCAAAGACAGUCUCGGGGGCAACAGCAAGACAGCCAUGGUGGCGACCGUGAGCCCGGCAGCGGACAACUACGACGAGACCCUCUCAACCCUGCGCUACGCCGACCGCGCCAAAAACAUCGUGAACCACGCGGUGGUGAAUGAGGACCCCAAUGCCCGCAUCAUCCGGGAUCUGCGGGAGGAGGUGGAGAAGCUCCGGGAGCAGCUGACCAAAGCUGAGGCAAUGAAAUCUCCGGAGCUCAAAGACCGGCUGGAAGAAUCAGAGAAGCUGAUCCAGGAGAUGACUGUGACCUGGGAGGAGAAGUUACGGAAAACCGAGGAGAUCGCUCAGGAGCGACAGAAGCAGCUUGAGAGCCUCGGGAUCUCCCUCCAGUCCUCGGGAAUCAAAGUCGGGGACGACAAGUGUUUCCUUGUCAACCUGAACGCUGACCCUGCUCUGAAUGAGCUGCUGGUUUACUACUUAAAGGAACACACGUUGAUAGGCUCGGCGGAUUCCCAAGAUAUCCAGCUGUGUGGGAUGGGCAUCCUCCCUGAGCACUGUAUUAUAGACAUCACACCAGAAGGCCAGGUGGAGCUGACGCCGCAGAAGAACACCAGGACGUUUGUCAACGGCUCCUCAGUGUCUAGCCCUCUCCAGCUGCACCACGGGGACAGGAUACUCUGGGGGAACAACCACUUCUUCAGACUCAACUUGCCUAAAAGGAAGAAGAAAGCAGACCGGGAAGACGAGGAGCAAGACCUGUCCACGAGGAACGACACCAGCUCAGAGCAGCUGGACGUGGACGGCGACUCCUCCAGCGAGGUGUCCAGCGAGGUCAACUUCAACUAUGAGUACGCCCAGAUGGAGGUGACCAUGAAGGCCCUGGGCAGCAACGACCCCAUGCAGUCCAUCCUGAGCAGCCUGGAGCAGCAGCAUGAGGAGGAGAAGCGUUCGGCCCUGGAGCGCCAGCGGCUCAUGUAUGAGCAGGAGCUGGAGCAGCUGCGCCGGCGCCUGUCCCCCGAGAAACAGAACUGCCGCGGCGCCGACAGGCUGUCCACGCCCUCGCCCAGCGCCCAGCAGCGCCUGCGGCAGUGGGCCGAGGAGAGAGAAGCAUCCCUGAACAACAGCCUGAUGAAGCUGAGGGAACAAAUCGUGAAGGCCAAUCUGCUGGUGCGAGAGGCCAGCUACAUCGCGGAGGAGUUGGAUAAAAAGACGGAGUACAAAGUGACCCUGCAGAUCCCAGCCUCCAGCCUGGACGCCAACAGGAAGCGAGGCUCUCUGCUUAGCGAACCCGCCAUCCAGGUGAGAAGAAAAGGAAAAGGAAAGCAGAUUUGGUCUUUGGAAAAGCUGGACAACAGGCUGCUGGAUAUGAGAGACCUGUAUCAGGAGUGGAAGGAGUGUGACGAGGACAGCCCCGUCACGCGGUCUUACUUCAAGCGAGCCGACCCUUUCUACGACGAGCAGGAAAACCACAGUCUCAUCGGGGUGGCCAACGUCUUCCUGGAGACCCUCCUCUAUGACGUGAAGCUGCAGUACGCGGUCCCCAUCAUCAACCAGAGGGGAGAGGUGGCCGGGCGGCUGCACGUGGAGGUGAUGCGUGUGAGCGGCGACAUCGGGGAGAGGAUGGCGGGAGGGGACGACGCUGCAGAGGUCUCCGCCGACAAGGACAUCCCGGACAAAAAGCUCGUGUGCAUGGUUAAGAUCCUCCAGGCCACCGGGCUGCCGCAGCACCUGUCCCACUUCGUAUUCUGCAAAUACAGCUUCUGGGAUCAGCAGGAGCCAGUGAUUGUUGCCCCGGAAGUGGAUACGUCCUCCUCGCCUGUCUCCAAGGAGCCUCAGUGCAUGGUGGUCUUUGAUCACUGCAAGGAGUUUUCUGUGACCGUCACUGAGGACUUCGCUGAGCAUCUUCUGGAAGGCGCCUUGGCCAUUGAGGUGUAUGGCCACAAGGUCGACGACCCCCGGAGGAACCCCGCCGUGUGGGACUUGGGGAUCAUUCAAGCAAAGACACGAAGUCUUCGCGACAGGUGGAGCGAGGUCAGCAGGAAGGUGGAAUUCUGGGUUCAGAUUCUGGAGCAGAACGAGAACGGCGACUACUGCCCGGUGGAAGUGACCCCUGCGAAGGAUGUGCCGACUGGAGGGAUCUUCCAGCUCCGGCAGGGCCAGUCCCGGCGGGUCCACGUGGAGGUGAAGUCGGUGCAGGAGUCGGGGGCGCUGCCCCUGAUAGAAGAGGGCAUCUCCUCUGUGGGCAUCGGCUGCGUGAAGGUCCGGCCGCUGCGGGCCCCCCGCGCUCACGAGGCCUUCCACGAGGAAGAGGAGGACAUGGACAGCUACCAGGACCGGGACCUGGAGAGGCUGCGCAGGAAGUGGCUUACCGCCCUGACCAAGCGCCAGGACUACCUGGACAAGCAGCUGCACAAGUCCGUCACCAAGAGUGAUAAGACAGAGGAUGAUGCUGACCGCGAAGCCCAGCUUCUGGAGAUGCGGCUGACGCUCACGGAGGAGAGGAACGCUGUGAUGGUCCCCUCCGCCGGCAGCGGCAUCCCGGGGGCCCCUGCAGAAUGGACUCCUGUGCCCGGGAUGGAGAUGCACAUUCCUGUCAUCUUCCUGGACCUCAACGCUGACGACUUCAGCUCUCAGGAUAAUCUUGAUGACCCGGAAGCUGGCGGGUGGGAUGCUACCCUCACCGGGGAAGAAGAGGACGAGUUCUUUGAGCUGCAGAUUAUAAAGGAGCAUGAUGGAGAGGCGAAGGCAGAAGCCUCCUGGGACUCGGCGGUGCAUGGCUGCCCCCAGCUUAGCAAGGGCACCCCCGCGGACGAGCGCGUCUUCCUCAUCGUGCGGGUCACCGUGCAGCUCAGCCACCCAGCCAGCAUGCAGCUGGUCCUGCGCAAGCGCAUCUGUGUCCACGUGCACGGCCGGCAGGGUUUCGCCCAGAGUCUACUAAAAAAGAUGUCUCACCGAAGUUCUAUUCCUGGCUGUGGAGUGACUUUUGAAAUUGUCUCCAAUAUUCCAGAGGAUGCCCAGGGAGUAGAGGAACGGGAAACAUUAGCAAGAAUGGCAGCUAACGUUGGGAGCACAGCUUCUGCUGACUCAGAGGCUUAUAUUGAGAAAUACCUCCGGAGCGUGCUGGCCGUGGAAAACCUCCUCACUCUGGACCGGCUCCGCCAGGAAGUCGCAGUGAAGGAGCAGCUGACAGGAAAGGGGAAGCUGAGCCGGAGGAGCAUCAGCUCUCCCAACGUGAACCGGCUGUCCAGCAGCCGCCAGGAUCUCAUCCCCUCCAGCAGCCUGGGCAGCAACAAGGGCCGGUGGGAAAGUCAACAGGACGUGUCGCAAAUAGCCGCUGCCAGAGGAGCCGCGCCGGCUGACCCGUCCCCUCCCAGGCCCCCAAAUGGCCAGUCCCUCGAUCCAGACAUCGACCACACAAGCAUCUCCUUGAACCCUGUGAAAUCCUUGAUGCCACAGAUACAGAUGCCAAAGCUCCUCAAGUCUCUCUUGCCCCUCCGUGACGAGAAGAAGGGCAAACAGCCAUCGCCCUUUGCACAUCAGCCCGUGCCCCGGAUCACGGUGCAGCCGGCCCUCCCGGAUGUGGGGGCGACAAGGAUGGCGGAGGCUCCCGGGACGCGCGCGGGGACGGCGGGGGGCCCGGAGGUGACUGCGCAGACCACCCCUGGGACGAGGGUGCAUGACAGACCAGCCAAGGGGCCUUUCCAGCUACCUGUGGCCACCACCUCGCAGACUCCGGACGGUCCGGACGGGCCUCCCAGCCCGCUGAGCGAGGCCUCCAGCGGGUACUUCUCCCACAGCGUGUCCACCGCCACCCUGUCAGACGCCUCCGCUCCCGGCCUGGACGCCGCGGCCCAGACUCCAGGCUCGCCCCCUCCGGCCCUCUACCUGGUCACCCCCGAGGCCGAGCUCCCGCCUCCGCCCGCUGCCUCCUGCGCCGACGCGGGCCCUGCCGCCCAGCUGCCUGCGCUGCCUCGGCCAGCUGCUCGCGCACAGCGGCCCCCAGACCCCCUGCCUCUGGCGGCCUCUUCAGCCCCUCCCUUCCGCGUCCAGAAGGUGCGAACCUCCUCUGAGCUCAAGUCGUUCUCCCGCAUGCUGGGCGGAGACCCCAGCUGCCCCGCCGGCGCUGAGGGGGCCCCCCUGGCCUUGGCAGGGCCAGGUGACGGCUGCUCCGAGGGCCAGGCCCUGGGGAAGCUGGACGUUUCCUCGGAUUCUGAAGAAGCCAGCGAGGUCCCGGAGUGGCUCAAGGAGGGCGAGUACGUUACCGUGGGCACCAGCAAAACGGGCAUCGUGAGGUACGUCGGGCCGACCGACUUCCAGGAGGGCACGUGGAUUGGAGUGGAGCUGGACCUGCCUGCAGGCAGGAACGACGGCUCGGUCGGCGGGAGGACGUACUUCAGGUGCCCGCCGGGCCACGGGCUGCUGGUGCGGCCCGGCCGGGUGCGGCGCGCGGGGGGCGCGGGCCGGCGGCGGGGCGCCGCUCCCCGGCCGCAGGGCGCCCCCCUGUCGGGCUCGGCCUCCAGCCUGGCCUCGCUGACCGCCGCGCUGGCCCCCGCCGACCGCAGCCCGCGGCGCCCCGAGAACCGCAAGUCCUGGGCCAGCUGA